GCAAUUUGAAGGAAAAGAUCCAAGCCAUCCAAGCUGGCCAAUCAUGGGAUCUUUUAACUGAACACAACCGCAACGGAUCCAAUACGAAAAGCGCAUGGAGAAACAGCAGUAACAAUGAUCCUCUUUCAUACCAACAAUUUAGGACCAAAAUUAAAGUCUCGCUUUACUGGCUGCGAUUAACUCUCUGCCUCAAGAUAGACAACUAUAAUUUCUAUAUAUAUAAAUACAAAGCAGAUACUCAUUCUACAAUCCGGCUGUUACACACAUUACAAUUCAGGAGGCAGAGGACCAGCCGCUCUUGGUAGGAGGACAAGAGUCAAGAGACAAUCAUCGCCAAGAGCCAAGCUUUAUAAUGGAAGUGAAUAAUGGAGAUGGAGUUGGGAAUUCUAACAUGUCUCGAAAAGUUAUUGACGAGGAAAAGUCAACAGUUGUGAUUCCUGAGACUGCCCAUCAGAUUAGCAGUGAUUCAUGGUUUCAAGUUGGUUUUGUACUCACCACCGGUAUCAACAGUGCCUAUGUUUUGGGAUAUUCUGGUACCAUUAUGGUUCCCCUGGGUUGGAUACCUGGAGUAAUAGGUUUGAUUAUAGCCACUGCAAUAUCACUGUAUGCAAAUUCUCUUGUUGCCAAGCUCCAUGAAUUUGGUGGGAGGAGACAUAUCAGAUACAGGGAUCUCGCAGGCUUUAUCUAUGGCAGGAAAGCUUAUUCUAUUACCUGGGCAUUGCAGUAUGUUAAUCUUUUUAUGAUUAACACUGGAUACAUCAUUUUGGCUGGAUCAGCCUUAAAGGCCUUCUAUGUUCUUUUUAGCGAUGACCAGGUCAUGAAACUCCCAUACUUCAUUGCUAUUUCUGGGUUUGUAUGUGCCUUGUUUGGCAUAUCAAUUCCCCACUUGUCAGCUCUCAGACUUUGGCUGGGAGUUUCCACGGUUCUCAGCCUGAUAUAUAUAGUUGUGGCAUUCGUGCUCUCUGUUAAAGAUGGAAUUGAAGCACCAUCUAGGGAUUACAACAUUCCAGGAACAACAACAAGCAAAAUCUUUACAACAAUUGGGGCAUCUGCUAAUCUGGUUUUUGCAUUUAAUACAGGGAUGCUUCCAGAAAUACAGGCAACCAUAAAAGAGCCCGUUGUCAGUAACAUGAUGAAAGCACUUUACUUCCAAUUCACGGCUGGAGUUUUACCAAUGUAUGCAGUGACAUUCAUUGGAUAUUGGGCUUAUGGAAGUUCAACAUCAACCUAUUUGCUUAGCAGCGUCAAUGGUCCGGUUUGGGUGAAGGGAUUGGCCAACAUAUCUGCAUUCCUGCAAACAGUCAUUGCUUUGCAUAUAUUCGCAAGCCCAAUGUAUGAGUAUUUGGAUACGAAGUUUGGGGUUAAAGGAAGUCCACUUGCAAUUCGCAACUUGUCGUUUAGGAUCGGUGUAAGAGGUGGCUACCUAACUAUUAACACACUGGUGGCUGCUCUUCUGCCCUUCCUUGGAGAUUUUAUGAGCCUUACUGGCGCCAUCAGCACCUUUCCACUGACAUUUAUUCUUGCCAACCACAUGUACCUAAAAGCAAAGCAUAACAAAUUGACUUCUCUACAAAAGCUUUGGCAUUGGCUCAAUGUUUGUUUCUUCGGCCUCAUGUCAAUUGCAGCAUUAGUUUCAGCUCUGAGGCUUAUUGCUGUAGAUUCCAAAACAUACAGUGUAUUUGCAGAUAUAUAGGGAAGACUGGAAUCUAGUUGAUUUAGACCUUGUCCCCAUUGUUUUUUUGUAGUAUUUGACUUUUUUUUUGUAAUUUUCUUAAUUAUGUGAAUUUAAUUUCUGCAAUCAGCAAAGCUUCACAUCUUCA